AUGUCGGCCAAGUUCACUUCCGAGCCCGAGCUCUCGCAGCUCGAUAAGACGCGCAAGGAGAUUUCGAAGCAGGUCUCCGCCCUUAGCACUCUUAUUACCCAGGCUGUCAAGCCCCUGCCCACCGGCACUGGCAACGGCACCGACCUCAACGAUGACGACUACCACACCGAUGCCGUCGAGCUCGCUGAGGCCAGUCUCGCCGACCUCAGCCAUUUGGGCAUCACUGACUACAAGACCCUGUACGACGUGCUGCAAAACCAAAUCACCGGCGAGUUCAUCAACGACAAGACUUACUUCAUGGAGCGCCUGAUCCAGGCUGCCGCAAAACUUCCUGACACUUCUCUCAUGUCCAAGAAGCUCACCGACGGCUUCCUGACCCAGCUUUACGGCGAUCUCCAGCACCCUCCGCAGUCCUUCCUGUCAGGAGACCUCAAGUACCGCAAAGCAGAUGGCUCGUUCAACAGCCUGAAGCACCCCCAGCUUGGAGCUGCUGGCAUGCCCUACGCCAGGACCGUACAACCUAAAACCCCGCAGAUGGUUGCCCUGCCCGAUGCAGGCGUUGUCUUCGAUAGUCUCAUGACCCGAAAGAAGAGCGAAAAGCACCCCAACAAGAUUUCCAGCAUGCUGUUCUACCUGGCCUCCAUCAUCAUCCACGAUCUCUUCGACACCGACCAUGACGACUUCACCAGGUCCAAAACCUCGUCAUACCUCGACCUCGCUCCUUUGUACGGUAGCAACGACGAAGAGCUUUCUCUCAUGAGAACGUUCAAGGACGGAAUGAUCAAGCCCGACUGCUUCUCCGAGGAGCGCCUUCUGCUGUUCCCCCCCGGCGUUGGCGUACUCCUCAUCAUGUUCAACCGCUUCCACAACUUCGUCGCCAAGAAUCUUGCCGAAAUAAAUGAGGGCGGUAGGUUCAACAAGCCCGUCGAGGGACGGACCGGUCCUCAUGCCAAGACGUGGAAGCAAUAUGAUGAGGACCUCUUCCAAACCGCUCGUCUGAUUACUUGCGGCCUCUACGUCAACUGUAUUCUGCUUGACUAUGUCCGCACCAUUCUCAACCUGAACAAGACCGACGACAACUGGGCUCUUAACCCUCGUGCGGACAUCGACGGCGUUGAAAUGGCCGCCGGAAACCAGGUCUCGGCCGAGUUCAACUUGGUCUACCGCUGGCAUUCCGUCAUCUCGGAUCGCGACGAGAAAUGGACCGAGGACUUGUGGAACGAACUCUGGCCAGGAAAGGACCCGAAGAAGAUGGAGAUGCACGAGUUCCUCAAACUGUUGAACGGGCUCGCCGACAAGAUUCCAAAGGAGCCUGAAAAGAGGCCCUUUAACAAGAUGAAGCGCAAUAAGGAAACUGGCACUUACGAUGACGAUGAGCUGGUUAAGAUUGUCGUCGAAAGCGUUGAAGACUGUGCUAACAGCUUCGGUGCUCUGCGCGUGCCCGCCGUCAUGCGCGCCAUCGAGGUUCUGGGAAUCGAGCAAGCCCGCGCCUGGAACUGCGCAACCUUGAACGAGUUCAGGAAGCACUUCAAGUUGACCCCGCACAACACGUUUGAGGACAUUAACCCCGAAGUUGCGGAUCAGCUAAGGCAUCUCUACGAAACUCCCGACAGGGUCGAGCUCUAUCCGGGUCUUGUCGUCGAGUCGGCCAAGGAGCCCAUGGUACCCGGCUCGGGCUUGUGCACCAACUACACCAUCUCACGCGGUGUGCUCUCGGAUGCUGUAGCCCUUGUCCGCGGCGAUCGCUUCUACACUCUGGACUACCACCCAAAGCUGCUGACCAACUGGGGCUUUGCGCUCGUCAAAUCCGACACGGCUAUUGACAAUGGCUGCGUUUUCUCCAAGCUGUUCAUGCAUGCUUUCCCCAACCACUUCAAGCCUGAUUCUGUCUAUGCCCACUACCCGCUCACAAUCCCAUCCGAGAUGGAGAGUGUGCUCAAGACGUUGGGCAAAGCGCAUUUGUACAGCUUCGACAGACCACAGUUCACCCCUCAUUUCAAGCUCAUCUACUCCUACGAGUGUGCUGAAAAGAUUCUCGGCGACAAGGCAACCUUCAACGUCACCUGGGGACCGGCUAUGGAGUUCCUCAUGGGCAAGCCAGCAAAGAACUUCAUGCUUGCAGGCGACGGAUAUGAGAAUGCCGAAUCCCGCAAGAUGAUGAAGGACGCUCUCUACAUCUCCGAUUGGCAGAAGGAGGUCAAGAACUACUAUCUCGCCAAAAGCGAGGAGCUCCUGAAGGAGAAAUCAUACAGAUUGGGCAAUGACCUCAACCAGGUUGACCUAAUCCGUGACGUCGGCAAUUUGGUUCACAUUCACUUCGCUGCAGAUCUCUUCCUUCUCCCCCUCAAGACCAAGAAGAAUCCCCAUGGCAUCUUCACCGAAAUGGAGCUGUACAUGAUCCUAGCCGCCGUCUUCACCGUCGUCUUCUUCGACAUGGACCCAGCAGAGUCGUUCAAGCUCCGCCUGAAGGGCCACGAGGUCACGCAAAAGCUCGGCAAGGCCGUCGAGCUGAAGGUCAAGUCGAUCAAAGAAGGCGCCGGCAUCCUGACGAACGCCAUGGCCAUGAUCUUCCCUUCAAAGGAGACGGGCAACACGCUCGAGGACUACGGUGUACACCUCAUCCAGCGCCUGCUCAAGCACGACCACGAUGUGCCCGACUUGGUGUGGGGCCACAUCAUGGGCACGGCGGGCGGCAUGGCGCCGAACCAGGGCCAGCUGUUCGCGCAGACGAUGGAGUUCUUCCUGACGACGGAGCAAGGCCGGGCGCUGCUGCCCAAGUGCCGCGCCCUCGCGCUGCGCGACGACGACGAGUCCUUCGACACGCUGAUGCGCUACUUCAUGGAGGGCAGCCGGCUGUACGGUGAGACGGGCGUGCUCCGCUACGCCACGCGCGAGACGACCGUCAACGACAACGGCCGCGAGGUGCACCUCAAGCCCGGCGACCGGCUGAUGCUGCACCUGCGCGCCGCGUCGCGCGACCCCAAGGCUUUCCCGGACCCGGACCAGGUCAGGCUCGACCGCCCGCUCGAAAGCUACAUCCACCUGGGCGCCGGCCAGCACCAGUGCCUCGGCCUUGCCAUGACGCGCAUCACCCUCACCACCUUGUUCAAGGUCGUGCUGAAGGAGUGUCCGAACCUUCGUGUGGCCAAAGGCCCGCAGGGCACCGUCAGGAAGGUGGAGCAGCCAAUGGACUCGCCUGACCUCGAGAAGAAGGAGGUCAGGUACCACAAGUACCUGACGGAGAUGGGCGACUCGUUCUUCCCGUUCCCUCAGACCCUGAAGGUUAACUGGGAUGACGCCCCGGCGCCGCAAGCGAAUGGUAAUGCGAACGCAUAA